GCCCAGCGGAGUCUUCCCCCCGGAUCACAGCAAACCACCACCAACACCCAACAUGGAACCACCAACAACAACCACCACCACCAGCUCACCAACCAAACCACACAAGAACACACAGGCCAUCGAUCCACCUGCCACUCCCUCAAACAAUCGCCGGAGCCUCAAAUGGUACUCAUCCAUCGACCAGGCAUUCCAUCCAACCGAGCACCUCAUUCCACCCGAGACCAGAGAACGGUUUUACUUGGAUCUGUACUUAUUAACACCUGAUAAGGAGAAUCUGAGGGAUCACUUGGACCGGCUCACCGUCCACGAACUGCUUGGCGUAUAUAGGCAGAACUUGAACGACCUGAUCGGCUAUGGGAUUCGUUGUCUCAAGAACGCUACCCUACUCGACAGUGGCCCUCCUCAACAACCUAUUCAGCCUUCACCAGUCGAUCAUCCAUCCGAAGACCCUGCCCUUAAUGACCUCAACGAAGUCGAUCAGAUUCGACUAUCCAACGCUUUAGAGACAUUGUCGGCAAUCUUCAAAACGAUCGUGAACAAAGAUGGAUACGAAAAUUUGAACCUCGAUCUGAUCAGUUUGAUUGCUGGUUCGAUCGAUAACAGUGAUCCGGUGUUCUCGGAUUUUGUUUAUAGUAUUGAUAAGAUUCUCUCGGAUCAAAAUCAGUCAUUGCGAACCCGUCAUCGAACUCUCCAGCUAGCUUUGUCCGUCGUCUCUGGUGUCAAUCAGGGCUCCAUCAAUGCGUACUUCUUGCGAAGAGAUUUGUUCAACACGAUCGCCUCGCUGGUUGCAAACCCCAAGACGGUCUCGUUGGUCUUCGAUAGCGUCUUGCUCUUGGAUCUCUUGGCAAACUUCAGACGCUUCGAAUCUCGUAACCCAUAUCUGGUCAGGAUGGAAGAUUACGUAGACGAGAAAGCGAUGGAAAGGAUCGUCAGUCUGAGCAUCCUAGCACUUGAGGAUUUGAGAGUAGCUUAUCAGGAUAUCAAUGCUUCGAAAAAUGCAAACUCCUCAUUACUAGGACAAGUUACGAGCACAGUCUUCAACGUUUUGGCUAGUCCCUUGUCGAAACGAACCAGCUCACCCAGUCGGCCGAUGAAUCAAGCCUUCGACAGCCAUCCGGGUCGACCGACUUGCAUCCUUCUGCCAAUCUACGACCUCCUCUGCUCGAAUACGACAUUCUUUAACGUACUCCUUCUGAGCAAACCAUUCUGGGAAAGCUUUCUCUCCUUUUCUAGCUAUUUACUCUCACAUGCUAGCUCAAGUCCUCGCUCGGAGCUCUACGGAAGACUUAUCCUUGUCAUCCUUAUACAUCUUGCCGAGGAGGCUCAGAAGUUCAUCUGUGGUGCCACUGAGGAAUCCUUUCAAGUUACGGUUGAGUUUUGUCCUGAUAGGCAACCUCCACUAGGACCGAGCUCAGAUCUAGCAAGAGCACCAAUAGCCGCGAUGUUAGACUGUGGAAUCCUAUAUCUGCGGCACAAUCUACAGAGAAAGUUGAAGAUCGAGACACACCUGGUCUGUCUCCGUCUGAUCCACGAGCUAUUGUUCUGUUUGCAAUCCCAUCAGGUGCGACUCGAAGGAUUUGAUUGGAGGGAGCUGUGGAGGGCCCUGUUCUCCCUUGCGAGUCGCGUCGGCUCGAGGAUCGACGAGCUCAAGACCGUCCAGGACAUCGAUCGACUUGCUCAACAGAUUCUUGAUAUCUUAUCGUUUGCGGCAAUUUGGUCGGAGGUUUUAUUUCCGGACAAUCUGACGACGGCGAUCCUAUAUUUUGAAAUCCUGAGAUCGGAGGAGACGAUCAAGAACUUAGUCACCGUCGCCAACAUCAGCAGUGGAGUGAAUGGAACUAACAAUAACAGCCAUAGCGACAGUUUGGGGAGGAAGUCCAGCUUGAUUAAUAAUGGGAGUGGUGGUGGCAGUAGUAGUAAUCUAGGCGUCAGUACGAUCGAGUCGGUCAAGAACUUGAACACGAUCAUCAGCAAAUCCAAAUGGAUCCUCGAACAAUCCAAGCACGCCAAAUACAAACCGGCGGGGCCCGCAUCAUCGAAGCCGGCGUUCAACUUCCUCUUCUCCUCCUCCUCCAGCUCUAGUACCCACACCACCGCUCAACCCCAAGACAGUAGCAAUAGUCCGGCUGGAAAUCCUUCUGCUUCGUCGUCGUCGUCUGCGCUCGUCAUCAGCUCCGCAGAGGAUUGUCUCAAUUUGCUCCAGAAUCGACUGCAUGAAAUCGGCUUGAUCGAUUCGGCUUCGUUAGACAAUCAUCUCAGGAAGUAUAGUGAGGCUGAUAAGACCGAAGAUCUCAAGAAAUUCAUCGCUCUAGUCGCCGGUGAUGUCUUUCAAUUAAUGGUCCUAUGACCACCAUCCCCUAGUCUUCUUCGUCUUCUUUUUCUUUUUUUUUUCCAAUACUUUAUUCACAACUCGAUUCGGUUUUUCUACUUUCUUUAUAAAAAAAAUCACUUGCGCGUUCUCGUCCUUCUCGUUGUACUCAAGUCCUAUCUUGACGCUGUAUUGCUUUUGUUUUUCCUCAAUGGUUUGACUCAACUAUAUAUAUACAUGCAACUAUUUAUUCUGCUCGUUCUAUCCGCUCUCAUUUAUUGGUGUUGUGUGUAUGUGUGCAAUCUAUCUGCUACAACAAUGGAGAGGGGGGUGAAGAAGCCUGUAAACGGCACUCAGCCCUUCC